AUGCGCCUACAAGUAUCACAAUUCUUCAUUUUCGACCUAGCAACAGGUGCUAAAAUCAUUGGAGGUUUAGGGAUCUUGAAGCAUUCACUCGCAAUUCUACUUAUUUAUCUUGAGACAAUUGAUUUAUGGGUUCUAUCCAACGAUAAAGUUAUUUCUGAGAAUAUUCCGACUAUCGCUUUUACAUUCGCAGCUUUUCUACUUUUCAUUGGACUCAUAAUUAACGUCAUUAAUAUCGUGCUGUCAUAUCGAUUAUUUAAAAUAAAUGAAACUAAUCAUAUCCAAGAUUUAUCAAACUGGAUUUAUGGAGCAAGAACUUAUCUAACACUUUUUACAAUUUACUUCAUCGUCAAAAUUUACUAUUCUGGAUUUGAUAUGAAGACACUUGGACGAUUCAUAUCGUUUUGUUUUGACUGUUACUGUUAUCUGUGUGUUAUGUCUCUACGUGAAGACUAUAAACAACGGGCUAGUUUACUGGCAUCGCAAGCAUAA